AUGACUCAACACUUUUAUGUACUUGACCAAUUUGCUUAUGUUAGAAUUUCUAAACAGGACGAUGAAAUAGUCGAAGACGGCAAUGAUGUAUCUGAUACUGAAGUAGAAUUCGACGAUCUAGGUCCUGAUCUUGUAAUUGAUACUUCGUUUCAACGUUUUAUGCACCGCUACACCUUCAACUUAGAAUCUUGUCCAUUGUUGAUCUACAUACACAACGACAGCACUGUUUACAGCAAUGUCUUCUGUCAACAAGUGUUAUGUUCUGAUGAUAUUAUUGAUUAUAUGAAUGAACAUUAUAUUGUCCGAUCCUUCGAUGUUACCAAUGAAUCAUGCAGAGAAGAAUUGGAUAAUAACUGGAGAGAGACAUUUCAUACAACAUUCUCUGGUAAAUUCUCAAUCGAACAAUGUCCAUUACUUAUUGGUGUUAUGCCAAUAAGUAUACGAGAAGUAGAUGACUCGAUAACAUUGGGCUAUAGAUAUAAGUUGUUAUUUAAAGAUGGACACUUAUUUCGGUAUGCAAACAAAACUGAUCAUGAUGUAGUUUUGAAGAUAUUGGCUGACUAUCUGAAAAAAUUCAAUUCAGAAGAUCCAUCAUCUGAUUUCAUAUCAAAAAUUGAUCUCUACCGGGACAUUGCUCUGGAAAUUUCCGAAUAUCUUACAUUGAACGAUGCCGUUAAUGUGUUUUCUGCUGAUAUUUUAAGUCAGCGCAUAACAAAAUUGCGCCUGAACAAGUCAACAGAUGAUGCCUUUAUGCAAAUGAUUCAGCGAAGAAUCAAUCCUAAACAAAUCCAUGCUUUAUCUAUGGAAAUGCCGGCUUCUUCCGUAACAUUCAAUCUACCUACGUUCACUAACAUUACCUCACUCCAUAUUAUUCGUUUUACUGGAAUGGAUGAAUUGAUCAGACAAUUUCCUAAGUUGAACUCUGUUAGCCUGAUCUAUAAAGACACAGCAGAUUGUUCUUGGCUGUAUGAUGAUAUCAUUUUAAUGAAAAAUCAAAUUAAGCGACUCAAAAUAAAUUGCGACGAGCUUCCCUACAAUUUUCAUGGACGAAACAUGGCCCAUUCAACCAUCAAAAGUUUUUCAUUUCAAUUCAGUACAAAGCACUUUAGCAGUCAGAAGGACUGUUCGAAUUGCAAAAAUUCAAUGGUUUCAGCAUUGAUUGAUUUAAUGAUAUCCAUGAGUAACGUUCGAUAUUUUCAUAUCAUUGGUGAUGAAUACCAUAUUAAUGUUUUAUUGCGUGAAAUUUCGCUCAGAUUGAGACGUUUAUCGGGCAACAAUUUUCGAAUGAAGAAGAUGACGCUGCACAUUCCAACACCCGGAGAUAUCAAGCAAAUACAGCAAAGAUCAUCCUUUUUGCAAAGAGAAUUGCGUAGCAAAGGGCGAACAAUUGAUGUUCAAGUGAAACACUACAAUUCCUAA